AUGAUCUUUGUGGUCUUGUUGCUAAUUCCUUUGUCUGUGAGCUGCUUCAGCCAUGGUAAAUGUUUUCCAUAUAGCUGCGCACGACCCUGUACAACUAAAUCUGUCCACAACAAAGUUUUACAUGUCUUACAAAUCAUUUUUACUUCGAAUGAACCUCAGAACAAGGAAGUCCUUCUGUGGCAUACGAGAUUUUCGGUCUCCUGCUAUACAGCUGUAUUUUCUGUACAGAAUAUAUUUUGAAUUUAUUACAGCUCUAAGACAGCCCGAUCAUCUAAAAUACACAAAUGACAGUCUGCCCGAUGACGUCAAGGUCUACCAAUACGACCUCAAAUUCACUCCGUAUUUCAGCUACUACAACUACAGUAUCCCGGACGGUAAGAGCUUCCUUUUUCCCACAAUUAAUUUCAACAUUACUGUACAGGGAAACAAGGAACAUUCGAUGGAGAAGUGGCCAUUCAUUUCUCAGUCCUCGAAGUCUCAUUUUCGAUUGAGCUGAAUGCUGGGGUAAAUAUUUUGUCAGUACAUCUGCUAUCAACUGAAAACCAACUUCAUGUCACUGAUAUCCGCAGAACCUUAGACGAUCAUAUACUGAUUUUUUCGGAAGAGGCACUUCAACCGAAUGUUAAUUACACCCUAAAAUUUGUCUUCAACGGGCUGUUGCAUAAGGCGGAAAAUGCAGGCAUAUUUACCCACGAAUACGUUGAUAAAUAUGGGCAUAAUACGUAAGAGAUCUGUUUGAUUACAUUGCUCUUCUUAUUUAUGAAGUAUUUUUUGUGAAAUCAACAGUACAUAUAUUCAUUUCAGAUCACUUUUGGCAACCCAGUUUGAAACGAUUGCCGCCAGAGACGCAUUCCCAUGCUUCGACGAUCCAUUUUUCAAAUCAAAAUUCGUUGUAUCGCUGGUACAUCCCGUCAACUCCACAGCUUACAGUAACAGCAAACCUGUGAGCACAACGGUCUUAAAGUAAGUCCACAAUAACAUUGAAUAUCGAAUACAUCAGUGACAAUCAAGCAUUGACAAACUUUGAGCCUACUGUAGACCUUCCGACAUACCUUUUCGCCUUUGCCAUUGGAGAUUUUGCCGAAGCUGUCACGAAAUCCAAGAGAGGAGUUACGGUAGGUAGAACAAUCAAGAAUAACAGAUUUUUUAAGAUUCGGGCCAUAUCUACCAUCGACAGCGAUGGGUGUUUAAAGCGCUCUGCCGACUGGGCUGCGCAGUGUUUGGAUAUAAUGGAGGAAUUCGUCGAUGUACCUUAUCCUUUGGAAAAACUUGGUGAGUCUGCCAGGUAUACCGUCUUUUGUUAAUCAUCCAAGAUUACUGUAUUUUUAUUGGACCACCUUUUCAGACCAUCUGGAAACAAUUGAUCAUUUUUCUGGUGGAAUGGAAAACUUUGGGCUUAUAACGUACAAAGAUUAUUUGACAACAUACAUCGACCAAACGCUGGACAUUGAAGCCUACGGUGUUAGCGUGAUUUGUCAUGAGACUGCACACCUAUGGUAUAAAAAAGUUUUCAUGCUUAGAACAUGUUGUUUCAGGUUCGGUGAUCUCGUGACAGGAAAACGAUGGGGCCUUGAAUUUCUCCACGAGUCCUUCGCAACGUACUUUGAAUAUGAAGCGACCAAGAAAGUCGACUCUUUCUUCUAUAACGCCGUGAGAUGCUGAAAAGGCUUAAAAAAGUUUUUUAGGAACUUUCUCAAGCCAAAUUUGCAAUGGAAUUACCAUACCAUGUGAGGGAAAAGAAUCAUCCAAUCGCUGACGAAAUUAGUCGUUUUGACAGUAAGUAAAGCAAGAUUAUGCUUAUUUACGCCUGCGCUUAGAGAUUACAUACGACGUUGGCGCGCAUUUGCUCUACAAUAUUGCCACUCUUACUGGAGAAAACUUCACGAAAGCGUUGAAAAUUUAUCAGGAGCGUUUUGCCUACCAAACUGUCGAUCUGGACGACCUUCUUCAAGUCUUUGACGAGGUAUAUUUUACUACGAUAAGCAUGGCAUUGUAAUAUAAUUGAAGUUUAAUAGGUUAAUCUACAACUUUAUAGCUGUACGGCAGUAUCUUCAUGGGCAACCUCAAAUUUUCCGAUGUAAUGAAAGAGUUCUUCACCGUUACCGGCGUCCCGACGAUCAACAUCACGCUGACUGAGACCGGCGAUUAUUCGGUUCAACAGGUUCCGAACGAGAAUGGAAAGUCCUGGAAUGUACCGUUGAUAUAUUAUGAUAUUGCCACCAACGAAACACAUUUCCACCUUGUUCCAGCAAGUUCAAAGGCACCGUCGACCUUCUCUGGAGAUCGUCAGUAUCUUUUUAACCCAACGCUUAGUAUGUUCGCCGAGGUUAACAUUGAAAGUUCCGUAUGGGAUAAGACCUUGGCCAACAACUCGUUUGGGGUGCUGUCAGGACUUCAGCAAUUGUCUGUCUUGCUGCAAAUCGCAAGAGCGGACGCUGCAAGAGCCGAGAAAGUGUUAACGGAGCAUGCCAAGUCGACCAAUUCUAUCGUUUAUCCAACACUACCCUUUGCUCUAGAAAGAUAUUUGGUAAUCAUUUACAAAUAGAACAAGAUUCAAGCUUUUUUAGUAAUUUGCUUUGCUUUUCAGAGACAACAGCGCGCUGAUACAACUCUACUGGAAGCCUUGUUGGAAAAAUUCGACUUUACGGCAACUGUCGAGAACAGGUAAAUACAUCAAUCUUCACUAUGUAAUGCAACUUACAAGCAUGGCGAAGUUGUUAGAACCAACCAAAAACUAUUUUUUCAGAGUUUUCGGUAAAUUUGUCUUGGCACCGGCCGUUCGUCACAAGAUUCCACACAUUGUAAAUACGACCCAACAACUGUUCGAUAAUUUCGUCAAGGAUUGCGCUCCAGGAGAAGACGUGAGUAAGUGCACACAGUAAGUUUUAAAGGCCUAUAUCUAAUUCACUUCAGGAUUCCACCGGAAUUCCGUCCAGCGGUGUACUUGCAAGGGAGCACAACCGAGGAUGGAGCCAACUUUCUGCAAGACUACAAGAAACGAAUCAUGUCUCAUAAGCUUGUGAAAUUCUUGAGGCCGGAAUGGAAACGGCUAGAUGGAGUGCUACGAGUAGAAAAACCAUGUCAAUCUCAUUUCUCGGGAUAA